AUGGCUGCAUACAGAGAACCCAUGAACGUGAGCGACAGAGCUCCGGUUUCUCCGCAGCAACCACACUCGCCGUGGCAUUCUCCGGUUCCCUACCUCUUCGGGGGGCUAGCGGCUAUGUUGGGUCUCAUAGCCUUCGCUCUGUUGAUCCUUGCAUGCUCUUAUUGGAAGCUCUCCGGGUACCUUGAAGGAAACGGGGAAACAGAACGGGACCUGGAGGCUGGCGAGGGAAAAAUGGAACAAGACCAGAAACCUCAGAGACCGUACGAGGAGAAGAUCCUCGUGAUCAUGGCAGGGCAAGAGAAACCAACAUUCUUAGCUACUCCCAGCGCCUCUUCUUCUUCUUCAAGCUGCGGCACUAGCAGGUCCUCUUCCUUCGGCGACAACACCAGCACAUGCACCUGCGAAGAGACGAGAAAAUCGCUGGAAACAGCGCAGGCCUCGAAAGAGGGAAGUGCAGGGAGCGGGACGACCGAAACGUCGUCGGAUCAGAACCCACGUGGAGAGGUGGGAAAUGUUUUCUUGCAUGUGCGCAAACGAGGGUGUGUGAUGUGCCUGAUGCGGCGAGAAGAAGUUGAGAAAUGCAGUGGCGACACUGUUCCUCGAGGGAGUUUAGGAAUUGGGAUGAAAGAAGCAAAACUUUACAAGAGGAAGUAA